ACCCAGCUGCCUUCCUCCCAUCUCGUUUCCAUGGCUUGUGCUGCCCGUUGACGCCCCGCUGCUCCGUCCCGCUGAAUUCUUUCCAUCCCACUCUCCUUUAUGCUCUCGUCCUGCGCUUCUUCUUUCGCCCUGGACCCCCUUCGUCGCCGUGUCUCAUGAUAUCUAGCGCAAGCCGCCUGUCCUCGUGACCACAUCUGGCCCAUCUUAGAACGAAUAUCCCUCGAAUCCUGUUCUUUAGCUUUGUAAUAUCCUAUUGCAUCUGUCAGUUCUGCUCUUUGGGGCAUAUUUGAGCGGCCCGCUUUCACCAUGCCGGCCAAGACAUUCACGAAGAAGCUCGCGCCUACGCCGACUUCAGACGACAUCUAUUCGCCUCGCAGAGGAGGUUCUAGAGAUUCUGUGGUCAAGCAGCUUUCUAUUCCUGAGACAAUAACCGCUCUCGACAAUUGCCCGCCGCUACUCCGGAUUCCCUCUGAAAUUCGCCGCGAGAUCUUCAGAAAAAUUCUCCCGUCUUCGACCAAGAGGUUCCUUCUCUACACCGACUGCGACACCACCGUUGUCAGCAAGAAAUCGAACCGCAAAUGCCGCCCGCAUCCCGACAAGCUGACCCUCGACAUCCUGCGCACCAACCGCCUCAUCUACCACGAAUGUCUCUCGAUUCUGUACUCCGAAAAUCUAUUCCACUUCUAUGCCUUCAACUAUCUGCCUGUCCUGGAUUUCAUACGACAUUUGAGUCCCGAAGCCAAGAGCCUAGUGCGGAAGGUCCGGCUUACGCCUCUGACGGAUAAUCAGGACGAAGAGCCAGCCAAUCACAACGUCUUCUGCACUGUCAUUCACGACUGCCUACCGGGUUUGAGCGAGCUGCAGGCCGAUCCUUUGGUCUUUUUCUGA